UAUCGUUUGGGUCGUGGCAGGACGACAGGGAGAGGCAACAAAAUUGCAGAGCGAAGCCAAGAGACCGAUUCUUUUCUUCUCCUUCUUCCCAUCCUUUAUUAUUUUUUCUUUUUUUCGCUUCUGCCCCUGAUAAUUAAUUUCUAAAUGGUUUAUUUCCAUUAAUUUCUGGGGGGGAAGGAAAGACAGGGAAAGAGAGAUCCAUCCGAUCUUUUUUUGUUUUUGUUUUUGUAUUUUUCUUUUUAAAUUUUCCCGGAGUAAGAUCGGCGGGAGGAAGAAAGAGGGAGGAGGGAAAGAGGAGGAAGGAGAAGGGAAGGGGAAGGAGGGAAAAUGGCGUAUCGGGCGGACGACGACUAUGAUUACUUGUUCAAGGUGGUGUUGAUCGGCGACUCAGGCGUCGGGAAGUCGAACCUCCUCUCGAGGUUCACGAGGAACGAGUUCAGCCUCGAGUCGAAGUCCACGAUCGGCGUCGAGUUCGCGACCAGGAGCAUCCACGUCGACGAUAAGGUCGUGAAGGCGCAGAUUUGGGAUACCGCAGGCCAGGAACGAUACCGUGCUAUUACAAGUGCAUACUAUAGAGGGGCUGUGGGUGCACUUAUUGUUUAUGAUGUCACCCGUCAUGUCACGUUUGAGAAUGUCGAAAGAUGGUUGAAGGAGCUCAGGGAUCACACAGAUGCCAAUAUUGUGAUUAUGCUUGUUGGUAACAAGGCAGACCUUCGUCAUCUACGGGCUGUUUCGACAGAGGAUGCCAAAGGAUUUGCUGAACGAGAAAAUACCUUUUUCAUGGAGACAUCAGCAUUAGAAUCUUUGAACGUGGAAAAUGCUUUUACUGAAGUUCUUACACAGAUAUACCGUGUCGUCAGUAGAAAAGCUCUUGAUAUUGGAGAAGACCCAGCUGCCUUGCCCAAGGGUCAGACCAUCAAUGUGGGCAGCAAAGAUGAUGUAUCUGCUGUGAAGAAAGUUGGAUGUUGCUCUGCUUAAGGCCCGGUGCUGAGAUGUGGCUAGUUGCAUAGACCAUUCUCUCUCAAUCUCUCCUUUGCUGUGCUAACUGAAUUCAUAACCAGUAUCAGCAGUUUGUCUGUGAUUUUUAAAGUAUCAUGUUACCACAAUCUUUUUUUUUUUUAUUUGUUCCUCUCUCCACUCCUUAUUUUGGUUCGAUUUGGAUUUUGUUGUAGUGAACAUUUCAAAGUAAGUAUCAGUUUAAUAACACUGUUUUGCUUUUAUUGCACACAA